AUGGCCAACUUCCUAAAUACGUCACGCUUUGAAGAAACUUCUCAUUCAGUUAUUAAAGUGUCUGAUCCAGUCCCAGAGCUGACUCUAAGUUCCAGCAUCGACCUAAGUGAAGGGGAAGUGUUUGUUUCAGAAGAUUUCCAUAUCAGGACAACCGUGACUGUAAGUUUGCGGCUCCCUCUGCGGUUUCUCCUAGGCUGAGUUUUUUUUAGCCACAGAGACUACUGCUGUAUAAUUUUGUAAAAUAGUAAUAUCUUUGUAAUUCCUUCCUGCACAGUAUGCUGGUGGUAUUUCGGAAAAUUAAUAAAAUUCUCCAUAAUCUCCCGUUCUGCAAGAAAUAUAACCAAAAGCUUCUUCUAUUUCUGGUAGACAUUUGCUUUACACAAGCAUCUCUUAGCCUAAAGGUGGACCAUGCCCAAGGACAUUAGAGCACCCGAGGUUUAUUCUGUCUCUACCGAAAUAAGCCAGCAAAAUGAGAGUUGAAAGCAAUGAAAAAUAAUCUGAGGGAAAGUCUUCUGUUAGAUAAAUGCCUACUGUACAACACUUGAAUAUGGAGAAUAUUUCCUCCAUUCUAAUUCUCACUUCCUUACUCACCAUGCAGGUUGCUCCUUGCGCGAACGAUACCAGAGUAGACUUUUCUUGGGCUGUUACAUGCAGUAAUGCUAGCGCUAAAAAGAGGGUCGAGUUCAGUGCUGCGUUCAAUGCCACCAGAUACCAAAGCACUCUUAAGAUAACUAGGGGCCUGUUAACAGGUGACGUCAACUGCACAUUUACUGUGACUGUAAGGAUGAGGUACAAUCCUAGUGUUAAGACCUCCAUCAGCCAAGUCAUCAAAGCCUUGCCUAGUCCUCUGGAAGCCGCUAUACUUGGAGGUAAAAACAAUUUUGUGACAUCUAGAAAGUGAGAAGAAGAACAAGAAUUCGUGUUCUCUCGGUGGUUGAUAACCUAACAGUUAUUUUUAGAGAGCCAAAACUUUGAACCUCAAGUGAGGUUGAUCUACUUAGUUUUAGGGUAUUUAGUGCCAUAUCAUAGCAGAUCUUAGUGGAAAAUUAAUUACGAACCUGAGGGAUCAUCUCUCGAUUGAGGGCAUUAAAUCUAAGCCAAACGAAGUAAAUUAACAGUGCAAGACGAGGCAAGAUCAUGUAACUUCAUUUAGUUCACUGACUGCCAGGAAAAAACCUGUGAAGAAGUUCCCCGUAUUAAAGAAGAAACCUCGCGACAAUCUAUAGUUUUUUCCAAUUUUCUCUUAUGAAUUGAAAAUUGUAAUGGAGAAUCAAUUUAUCAAAGAUUUUUUUUUCAUCUUAAGAACUGUCUAAGCGUUUUUUCAACUCUAUCGCUUUUCAAUUCCUAGGUGAUCGAUUAAUUGGUCGUAACAGUGGUUCGAUUAAACUAGACGCCAAAACAUUGACCAUCGAUCCUGAUGGAACGAGACAUGAGUUAUCUUGCAGCUGGAGUUGUGCAGUACAGGGCGGCGGCUUAUGUAACUCCACCGUGAAUAAUGAAUUGAUAUUUUCUGCUGUAAAUGGAUGUAUAAUCGCGGUGCAGAGUAACCAUUUCUUUGCUGGGAAGACAUAUAUAAUCAGGUUUGUCCCAGAAUUAAUACCAGUUGCUUACAUCUCAAAAUUAAUAGAAUAGAAGUAAUAGUCGAAAAAUAGCAGAUCUGAAUGACAAAAUUAUCGCGCAAGCUUUUGCAUGCUUUUAGAGUUUCUUUUAUUAGCCUUUACUUAACGUUAGCCCAUAUCUUUCUAUACCGAAUUUUUGCGAAUUGACACAGAUUUAUGAGUAUUUUUUCAAUUAUAGAAAGAAAUUCACCAGUAUUCUUAUUCAGGAAUAAGUUUAGUGCUUAUUUCUGAUAAAUGAUGACGAUGGGUAGGGCGCUGGAUCAGUAACAGCAGUGUUUGAAUCUCUUUUGUGGCUUAUUCAGCGAACAAUUUUAAAGUUAAAAAAAGCUCUCCAAAUUUAUUCACUGAACGUUUAAGAACGGUGUUAAGUAUUUCAACCUUUCUAGAAAAUUUAGGAAAGAGUUAGUUUGGGAAACACUGGAUGUGAUCUUCCAUAGGCUUUCCACAUAAAAAGAGGUCUCGGCAGUCAUGUGACGAUCCUUUAUCUGAAGCAUUGCGUUCCUUCUAAUGUCUUCAAGCAGCUUUUCUUCUUUUGACGACUAUAAUGAUAUGCUCAGUUUUCGCACGUUUUUUUAAUAAUUUAUGUUCAGUAUGGAUGUGACAAAAGGUUUCCGUUCCGCUGCGGCCUCCAUAAAACUGACUGUGGUGGAAGGUAACCCACCAGCUGUUUGGGUGAAUGUAGCGCACAUAAGGAUGAACUCAAAUGAUAGACUGAAACUGCAGGGAUACUACAAAACAAACAUAGAGCCUGCUAAGGUGGAAUGGAGCAGUUCACAAGAACAAGGUGUGUCGAAUGGAGAUGAUUAACAUAACUCAACCUGGUAUCGGUAUUUUUGAACAGCUUGGGUAUUUUAUUAUUAGGAAAUACCUUACUUGGUAAAGAAUUACCAUCGGACUCCUUGGUCAAACAAAGAACUUUGAAAUUCUUUCUUUUUCCCCACAAGCAAAUCAUAAAUGACCAAGUAAGAGUUCGUGGCGGACCUCCCUGAUUCAGCCAUCCAAACAAUUCGUAAAUACAAAUACAGUUCUUGCCUUACCAAAAUAAUCAUGUCACUUCGUAUGCUUGUUAUUUCCUGGAGGUGGAGGUCAGUAAAGUCACAAGCGACUGUUUUUCUCUUUUCUCCAGGAUUUUCUUUCGUAGAGCUGAGUGGUUACAAUCCGGCCACGUCGUUUAACCCUGGAAACGACUCAUUUGUUCUCUUGACGUUGCCUGUAAAUCUUCUCAAGCCCGACUCUAAAUAUCGAUUCAAGCUAACAGUCAAUGACGGAAGUGAAGAGGGCGUAGCGUCUUUAACCGUAGAAGUAAGAAAAGGCCCCACUGCCCGUCCGUCUGCCGGAUUAUCUGUGUCGCCAAGCUCCGUCCAAGCACUGGAUGUUGUUACUUUGUCAGGUGAGUCAACGGAAUACUUAUCGUACUAAUCGCCAUAGAUCAAUGCAACUUUUUUAAGAGUUGCUAACGCCACGAGAAUGCCUCUCUAUGAAUUAUGCGAAUUUGUUAUAGAAUACGAUCUAAUGGUUGUGUCCAUACGAUUACACUAUACAAAUUCCAUUAUCGGUAUCUUCCGUUUCAUUUUAUUUCGCCUCUAUCUUACGCAGCUCCUGGAUGGGAAACCGACUUGGAUGCUUUUCCUCUACGAUACUCGUUUGGCUUGCUGGUCGAAAAAGAUGUUUGUGAGACCUUUGGGAUUCCCUCUAGCGAUUCUGAACGAGAGCAGAUGGUGCCUCAGGGAUCCGGUCCAGAUUACAUUCUUCCCCUGUGUGUGGUGGUCUUGGAUAAGUUUGACUCGUUUAAAAUAGCAACGUUUAACAUCACCUCAAGUCCACCGAGCAGCGAUGUUUUGACCCCGGAUGCUCUGGAAAGGUUGCUUCAAAAUGCUGUUGAUGAUCCAUUGCAGAGUGGUAAUGUGGAUGCAGCCCUUGGCGCUGUUAUGAGUAUCAUGGGCACUGUGCAGCAGUCUAAUAACACCCAAGGUAAAUCAUAUUGGAGGAGUGCUGUGAAAUUUACAUCUAAAAUAAAGAUAUGAUCCAUGCAGGAGAGCUGCAAUCAAAGAAACUGACUGGAAAUAUUAAGGUUUCCUCAACCUGUAGCUUCGCACUUCAGUUGUUAAAAGUACCCGACUAGUUUGUGAGAGAAAAAGACUCGAAUACUGUUGAAGCCAUCGUUUUGCAGGCUUCAUUCAUUGCAAAUCACCUGCGUGGAUCCUUGCUUUACUUCUACAUUUAAUGGCGGAAAAUAUACUUGUCAAGAGACUUUAACUAUAUGUAAUCAUACAUACAGUAAUACCAAAAAAUAAUAAAUACAGAUGCGAAGGACGCAAAAAAAUACUUAGACGCCACAAAACAAAGAAGCCACAUCAAUAAAAAAUAAUUCAUUGACUCUAAACUUACGUGUUUAGAUCAGCUCAUGCAAACAUAUGAAAUGUCUUCCAUUGCAUUCUUCAGCAUGGAAUGAUUUAUCAUGCCCAGGUGAUCACUUGUUAAUUGACAUUGUUGCCUUUAAAACUCCAAAUUUCAGAUGAGGUUAGGAACAACAUUUCUCGAAGAACAGAAGAAAUUGUCUUCGAUAUCCUUGAGUCCACUGUGAUCGACCAGGAUAUAGCUUUUCCCCUUUUGACUGUUCUCGUCAAAACGAAUGUAACAGCAUCGGAUAACAGGUAGACUAAAAGACAUGAUAUUUUGAAACCACGAAUAUAUCAGAUGUAUUAUUUUAUUCAUUUUUCUUGAAGGAGUUUUUCCAACCUACUAAAAUCUUGAUGAUUACAGUUAGAAUACAAUUUGGCUUUCAGAAGAGCAUUCAUGCAUUUUUCAAAUUGAAUUUGGUGUUAAACCAAAUCCAAGAUUCAAUUCCAGAAUUUUGGAAAAUUUGGGAGAUAAGGAAACGAUGAAUUGGUAAAUUCUUACCAAUUUAUAUCUUUGCAAGUUUUCUCCUCAAGCUGUCUUCUUAAAUUAGGUCAUCACAGCCACUGCUUUAAUUCACCUAUGAAUUAAUAUUGUUCUUUUUGCUUUGAAUAAAUAUAUCUACAAGACACAGUAAAUAGCUCGUUUAAAAUAUGGACAUUUCUCUUCCUCAUGCGUUUCUCCAGUUGUGCAAAUGGUUAUACGAGGGUGGACAUAACCGAAGCGUAAAAUGCGAAAUAUUAACGUGAAAUGUUUGACAGCUCUAGGACGGCCAACGCUGCAGUGAUUAUUCUGCAAGGGCUAGACGAUAAACCAAUUCCUGACAAUUUAGCUGGGAAUUUUUACUCGUGGAUUGCUGACCUUGCAGACGAUUCUAUUGACAACAACGACGGCUUAAAAGAGGUAAGAGGUGAUAUACAUGUAAUAAAUAACGUACUGGCCUAAAUAAUUUUGAAUUUACAGCAUAUUAUGCGCUAGCACGUAGAUGCGAUUUUAUUUUCGAGUCUUGCCUUUUUCCGUCAUAAAUGAGAGAAGAGAACGAGUGCCAGGGACUAUGAACAAGCGAAGAAAAAUUGAUAGAAACUGGCAAACGUGAAAUCGUUUGCUCACCAUAAAGCAAACAUUCGAAUCAUUGAGUAAAGACAAUCGCAAAAAAUAUCUCGAAAGCACUAAAUGCAGUGGUCACUUACUCAUAUACUCGAGUCGUUAGAAUACUAGUUCAACUCCUGACUCCUUUGCAGUAUUUUUUUUCCUGUUGGUUACGGUAUGAAGCCAACAAUAAAAUGUAAAAACGCUAAAACGCUAGAAUGUUAUCAUAAGCUCAUAGUUUUUCAUUCAGAAACUAUAGUGUCCUUGAGGCAAAACCAAACUUGUUUUAGUUUGAUCUCUUUGACUUUAAAUAAACCUCUAUUCUUAAAAAUUUUUUUUUUUGAAACUAUGAAUUCUGGCAGACAGUGGGAGAUGCUUUGGAGAAAUUUGCAGAUAACAUUGGGACGGACUUACAGUGCGGGGAUCCCCCUAGGGAAGUUUCCGAUGAUAGACUGGGAUCAGUCAAGGUACAGGUGGCAGGAUUAAACGAAGAAAUCGUAUCAAGCAGUAAGCCUGGUGCCCCAAGAUUUGACCCGGGCCCACAACUCACUAAAGAGUACAGUGGCCUGAGGAAGUGCGGAGAGGGAAAAAUCUGUUGUGGUGUGUUUCUGAAGAUGGUUCGGUACAAAAAAGAUCUAAUUGUAGCAGACAAAAGUAAACAAAGGGAUGACAGUCAAGUUGUCAGCUCUCAGGUAAGUAUCAACAGCAGUAAGGCUAAGUAGUAAGCCAUUUAUUUUGGAGCCUAUUCCAGUUUCGUCUCUUAGGAGAGAUCGUACUUCUAGAAAUCUUUUCAAUUCUCCAAAAUGCGAUGCUGGUCAAACAAUAGUCAUCCUCCAUCGUUCCUUCAGCUUUCCUGAGUUGGAGGAGGCACAGUGAUAGAAGAUUCUCUUGCUUAAGGCUCAACCUAAACCUGACGUAACUAACUGCAGCUCAGCACGCCAACCAAGAGGCGAACGAGUCCCUCAACAGCAGCGUCUUCCGUCAAAUUAGUGGCUAUGUUUUCCCCUUUAUUUCAAAUAAUAAUGCGAAAGUCACGCCAUGAAAUUGUUCUGGAAUUUUGUUUUUAGGAAACCCCUGACUUCGAGGACACCAGGACGCGUUGCACAGUGAUUCCGCGGCUGUUCGCUUAGCGCUUGAAAGCAAAGUCUGCGCGAUUUGGCAUUUGAAAGAAAUAUGUGUGCGCUUCUGUUCUUUCUAUCCCUUGUAAACCGGUCUUCAUGGAAAGUGAAUAGGAAGAAAAAAACACGGGGAGAUGAGUGAAAUAAGAUAACAAGAGACAUUCUCAUAAACCAAAUUUGUCAGUUGUCAAGUACAUCUCUAAAAGCCUCCGGAAUUCGCAAGGUCGUCAAGAAGAAAUCUGAGGUAGAUUUUAACCAGGUCAAAACCCACAUCAUACAGAUAAUAAAUAUGUCAGUGUUUAAGUUGAGAUUGAAGCAUUUUAUCAUUCAUUUUUAACAAAAAUGUUUAUUAUUUUUUGUGAUUUCUAGAUUAUUGGUGUGGAUCUACGUGAUCCUAUCACAAAGACACCGAUUGUGAUUCAAAGCCUUACACAUCCUCUGAAGCUGGUCUUUACCAUAUUAUCGGUACCGAAAGACAAAAAACUUGGGUGUGUUUAUUUCGAUGAGGAUAAAAAGGUUUGGGUAAAAACCGGUUUGAACGCAAUAGGACUUGUUUCAAGCGAGUUUACUUGUGAAUCCACGCACGCCACCUACUUUGCUCCGUCACACGAUUCAGUCGUGACUAAAGGUAAGUUUGGCGAGGGCAAGGUCAAGUGUCAAGCCUACUAGCUACGCGAAUGACGAAAGACACGACAGGUCUUAACCCUUUGAGUCACUAGUAUCUGUUUUCUCCUGACAAUAUCACCCCUGAAUCAAACAAUAUCAUCACAAGUAUAAAGGAAAUGGUCACCAAAUGAAAAAGCUCUUCAUUAUUGAACAAAUUCUCCAUGUCAGCACCUUAUAAAAUGGGCAGAGAGCAGUAAGGAGAAUUUGCAGACUGAUGUUAGGAUGUAAAGGGUUAAUAAGCGCAAAGGUUUCUAUUCCAUGUCCUCGCAACGUUUUCCAAAAGAAUAAAAGGGCGUUAAAAACGGACAAGAUUAAUGCUGGGUACAAACGCGACAAACUUAAAAAACAAGGCAACACCCGAGAUACAAAAACCCUAAUGUUUCUUCUCCAGGUUCCGCGACCAUUUCACAUACAACUAAGAAGUCUCACUGUAUCUUUUGCAGAGCAAUCCUCGACUGACCUUACUCGCGGAAUCGUUGGUUUGGUAAUGGGUUUCUUGAUGGGAAUUGUGGCUGUACUUCUUGUGCUUUUAUUCAUCUGGUGGAAGAGAAAACAAAAAGUAACCACAGAGCUUCCACAACUCGACCACAGGCUUUGAUAUCCUGGCGAAAUCAAUUUAACAAAUUAACACUGUCAUCAAAAUGUUGUGGAAUCACUUGAUAACACCUCGUGAGUCCAAAACAAAUUUUGACCACUGUGAUGAUGAAUAUCGUUGCCGAUGAGGGUACAGACCACACUGCACUACUUUCGAUUUUUUUUUUAACCACAAUACCGACGUCAAACUUUCCGAGUCAUUCAUGUUUGAGAGCUGAUCAUGGCAUUGCAUGACACUUUGACGCGAGCAGCGUUGUCUGUAUCUUAUCGAAAACGGCAAAUUGGCCAAUAAGAUUGCGACAUUACUACCAAUUGUGGUAAAAUCAUUAAUUGCUACUUCUACUUCAUAAUUUUUCACUUAGUUAUUGUGCUAAAGAGCCUUGUCUCGAGACAUAAGACACUUCGGGUGAAUCUUUGCUCUAACACACACUCCAGCAUAGCUAUUUUUAAUCGCCAUUUUUGUCAGCGGAUAAACGUUUUAAAAUGUGAGGAUUAGACGGUCUACAGGGUAAGGUGUUGACUCAAAGUGAUCGCUGUUAAAUGCUUGUUAACUGUGGAGUCGUUUGGAUGAUGUAAGCCAGAUGUAAUAUAUAGUUUACGAGUUCAAACGGGUGAGAUAAUCAGGCUCUAACGUUAAUCAGUUUUGUUCUGGCUUAAUUUAAUAAAUCUUUUCAUGGAGUUUUUCCCUUAGGUUAAAUAUAACCAUGAGCCGGUUAGGUUUUUGAUGAACAAAUGGGAGCUCGCUUAGCGUGUUUAAGUAGUGCAGAUGAUAAAUUAUUGUUUGAAAUAAUUGGUUAGUUGAUUAGCAAAUUAUUACCCACUCUAUUUCUGCACAAAACCCCUCAAUUAUGUACUAUUAAGUAAACAUUAUAAAACUUCAUUUCCUGCAACAAGUGAGACUUUUUCGUGCACGUUUGAAAUUUGAACAUAACAUUUGUUUUACCUAGUAAGACAUGGACGCCUUUUUAUUUAGAUAAGGAAAAUUUGGUAGAGAAAGAAAAACGAAAACAAAAACAUGUCACGGUUUCAAAAAUUGUCUUUUUUUUCUUAAUAAUUGAAUACAGGAUACAUAU